AGUGCUAAAAAAAAAGAAUCUCGGUAUAAAUCUCGUUAUUUGAUAGUUUUGUUUAUAAUAUAAAAAUGUGCACGGGUUGCGUGGAGAAAGAAUAUCCUGACAGGGGAAACACCUGCCUGGAUAACGGCUCGUAUCUGAUGAACUUCCUGGGAUGUGCCAACUGUCAGCAGCGAGACUUUGUGCUCAUCAGCAACAAGACGCUGGUGGAUGAAGACGAGGAGGAGAUCGUCACUUACCUGCAUAAGUGCAAGAACUGUGACCAUGUCAUAGCCAGACACGAGUACACCUUCUCUGUGGUGGAUGACUAUCAGGAAUACACGAUGUUGUGCAUGCUGUGCGGAAAGGCGGAAGAUUCCAUCAGCGUGAUGCCGGACGAUCCCAGACAGUCCGCCCCUCUGUUCUAAACAGAGAAGACGCAGGACAGUCUUAAAGGAGAGAUUCCACGUGCGCAGUGGAGUUUCGUCCACGCCGAGCUCCGGACGCCAUUUUUAAACGACUGACUGAUUAUAAUUAAUAUUAAUAAUAUUACGUGUGUGUGUGUGUUCAUGUCCUGGAGAACCUUCUUAAGAUGGAUCUGGAAUGAACGUUGGCGUUCUCUCCAUGGUGAACUUACCACAGGCUUUCAAGAACGAAUAUCAACUUUUUUUUUUUAAUCCUGUACGUUUUAGAAUAAAACGCCCUGCUCGUCCAUUCUGCUUGUUCAGCGUAUACUGUAAACUUUCAUGCAAACUCUUUUUAUACGCUUUGUCUAAAUAAAUCAAAUUAAAAC